AUGCUGACAACACUACCCCGCCUGAGAGACACCAAGGGUAUGACAGCUGACAGAUUGCCUCGUCUAGCAUCGGACAGAAGAAAAAAGGUAAUUAAGCUCUUAUAAUAACUCUGUUCACUUUUGGGAUUGAACUGGUUAAAUAGGUAUGACAGAACAGUAUAUUUUUUUACACCUUAUACCGGUGAGGUGAAAUAUGCGGCACCGGAGACACAUAAAUAAGUCAUCUGAUCCUGAAAGCGUUCCAAAGCAUUGGGCUGAAAAGCUCUCGGUCGACGUUUAUAUUUUAACCCAACAAAAAUGAUAGCGAAAACAAACGGCGGAAUUGGUAAAGUACAUCAGGGCCUUGUAAAAUUUUUGGCGAUAUCGUAAUUUAUCUCAAAGGGUGGGUAACGGAUAAAACCGUCUUUAAGAAAUCUGGGUGUGGAAACCACUUUGUUAUUGAAAUUUUUAUUUGCUUUAUUGAACUCAAAGAUUGGGGUUAUGUUUGUACAUUAGUACAUGUACUAUGGAACGCACUUCGAGCAAUUGCUUGCCUAUCCUUGCUAUUGAAUUUAUCUUCAUUCAAAACUGCUUAAUGAAUUUGUAAAUUUGUGAAUUUGAAUGUAUUUUCACGGUAAUGAAACUGAUGACUGCGUCAAUGGACCUAUAUUUUCUGGUGAUAGCUAGCAAAAGGUGUCUUAGUUAUGAAAAUUUUCAGACACUCAGUUGACAUUUCACUUUCAUAUCAUUCCAGAUUUCGCAGGUGGGAAAAGUAUUUCCCAAAACUGUCGUGCAAGAGAAAGUCGACGAGAAGCUAGAUUUUCAUUGUGUCGGUCUGGAUAAAGACAAAAAUGUUUCUUUUCCAACUGUGGAAGGAGAAUGGUCGCCGAGUGGCCCUGGCGACGAGUUGGGCUCGCUCUCGCCCAUUCGGGAAUUUGACGACGGGACCGAAGUCACUGUAAGUACGAUUUCUUUUUUGUAAUGGCUACCUUUUGUCAGCCAAGGUUAUAGGGCUUUACUGGUUGCCAUUAAUAUAGACUUUCAAAAUUUAAUGUUACGCCAAAGCUUCCUUGUCUAGGAACACGCAGCUUGCUUCCCAGGCGUAAUCUAACCCCUGUUAUUAGCGUAUGCGAAGCAGCGCCGAGAUUCUUUUUCCAGGAUCUGCGCAUGUGGUGAUCAAUUUAGCGUGGAUCACGCAAUGGUGUGUCAGCGCGGCGGGUUCAUUAUCCAGCGCCAUAACGAACUGCGCGACCUGAAAGCAGGGAUGCUAAGGAUGGUCUGUAAUGAUGUGGAAGUUGAGCGGGUCCUUCAGGAGGUCACUGCAUGGGGAGACAUUAAAUCAUGGCGCUAACAAAGCUCCUGAUGCCCGUUUGGAUAUUCAUUCUCGAGGUUUUGGGAGAGACAGAGAUCUGCAUUUUUCGAUGUUCGGGUGUGUCAUCGUAACGCAGACUCUUACAGAGACUUGACUCCUAAGCAGAGCUUUAAGAAACAUGAAAACGAGAAGAAGAGGGCUAUAUAGGUAUGCGGAAAAGCAGUUUACUCUAGGAUGGAAAUCGGCGUUUGGGGAACCUUCAUUUUUUCAGGAAACAGAAUUUUCACGAUUUUGCACAGGCGGAAUGGCGGAUGAGCCUGUAAAGGGUACAAAACAGCAGCACUUGGUUAUAGGGGUUCCAGGGGAGCUGAUCGCAAAUAAGAAGGGAUCGAAACGCUAAUUUUACGACCACAGGCGGAAUGGCGGAUGAGUUUCCUGGAUAAGAGACUUAAAGUGUCUUUUGCCAUCGUACUAAAGUGUCUUUUGCCAUCGUACGCUCUGCGAUACUCUACUUGAGAGGCUCAAGAUCCAGAAGACGACAGCUAGACAUUGUUGAUUUAGAAUUACAUAUCGAAAACAUUAGAGCCUGCCCGAAUUAAUAUUUUUUAGGAACAUUUUAAAGAAACUUUUGUUAAAAUUCUAGUUACCAUUACUUUUAAUCGAAAUGAAUUGUUUUUUAACUGAAAUGAAAUGUUUUUUUAAUUGAAAUGAGUUUUUCUAAUUGAAGUGAUUUUUUUUAAUCGAAAUGAACAGGAGCCCAUGAAAUGAAAUGACUUGUAAAUAGUGCUUUGACCGAAUAGUUUUGUUUUCUUCAGCGAAAUUAAUUUUAAAUAGGUUUUAAUAGUUAGCUUUGUUGUCAAUAAAAGGUUAUUAUUAUAAUUAUUUUAUAAUUGUUAUUAGUAGAAUUAGUAUUAGUAUUCGAAUAACGGUUUUUGAUUGAAAUGAAUUUUUUUAAUCGGAACUAUGUGGGUUUUUUUAAUCGAAAUGAAUUGUAAAUAGUACUUGUACUGGAUAGUUUUUUUCUUUAAGCAAAAUUUAAUUGUAAAUAGGCCGGAUUUUGUAGUUAGUUUUCUUAUCAUUCAUCAUUAAUUUUAUUUUUCAUCAUACAAUUUUUUUUUGGGUGGAGAGGAGGGGGAAGGUUGCAAUCUUUCUUGUUACGUUUAAUCUGUUUUCACCAGAUCUUCUUCUUCUUUUCCUAUCUAACGGAUGCACCACUACUGUACGUAAGUCUAGGUUUAUACAAUCAUGUAUUUAUAAAGCUUUGAAAUGACAGGAACCUAAGGCAACAAAUUUGGCUGGAUUUCUUAGCAACAAUUCCCAGGCUUCGAUGGUCGAUGUUUCGCUGGUCAGGCGUUUGCGAAUACCUGGCCAUCGAAUUCAGGCUGUUAUUUCUACAAUGUAUGGAAAAAAGAUUUAAAACUACUCAGCACUGAGCAAAGUAUCUGUUCAGCUGGGCUUUAUGUCGGUCUUCCUCUCCUGAGGACAUUUUUCACAGCUCGUUUUAUCUCCCUGAUUCUCCAGCAAUACACAAGAGGAUUUAGAAAAGAGUUGAUGAAAACGGCCGUUGCAGCGUAGUCAUAGGCAAUCCUAAUUGUUCUUGUGGGUCCAGUGACAAAUACGUCUACAAUUUGCACCACAACAUAGGGGAGAUAGAAAACCAACACUAUACCGUAAAUGUAAAGUACUGUAAUAGCCGAUUUUUUGCACUUGAAUGCGUUCACUGUGUUGCUUUGAAGACGUCUGAUAGGCACAGUUUGGUCGUUGAUCUGGCGAUGGUGUCUUCGAACAAUCUGAAAUAUCUUCAAGGUGCUGACUGUUAUGACUAGAAAUGUGGGACAAAAGACAAUUGUAAGGAUAAAAUACGAUGGGAAAGUCGCCCAAAAUCUUAUAACAUUUAUUGUGAUGAAGAAGGCAUAGAUGGCAGCAAUGGUUUGCAAUACGCGAGCGUUGGUUACAAUCGUGUUAUAUCGUAAAUGAAGGGUCAAAGCGAGAAGUCGAUCAACGGACACUGCAGCCAAAAGAGAAAAAGAGACACCUGCUGUUGUCCAAGUUGAUAAGGCAUUAAGCCUCUUCAGUGUACAGAACAAGGCAAAACUCUCCUUGAGUUCGGCUAUUUUUUCUGCCACGAAAAGCGGUUGACAUAUCAGUCCGACGAGAAGAUCUGAAGUUGCUAGACAACCCAAUAGGAUAAAAGAUGGCCUGUGGAGAUCUUGCGUUUUUCCUAUCGUCAAUGCGAUAAGAAAGUUUCCCGUGCAUGUUACCAGAGAAAAUAAACAAUUGAGGAUACACGUUAGAAUGUUUGCGACGAAAAUUUUUUCCCUUUCGUCAAAGUUACUGUUCUUGUCUGGAAAGUACAAACAGGUCCUGUUUGUUUUGUUCAUGUUGAAGAAAACGCCAGAAACGGAAUGAAGUUGACUCAAACUUUCUUCUGAUCGCGAUUAAGGUUUUAAGUGCUGGUUUUAUCUUAGUGUGCGAGACAGCUGUUAAAAUAAGCACGCUCCUACCGAGCUAAAAUUAUGAUGGAACACAUUAAUUUUAUCUGCCAGAUAUGAAUUUGCAUCCGUAAUCUUGGUAAUAACUUAAAUAAAUUGUAUUUUUCAAACGAUGAUGAUAGACUUGACUGUAUUUUUGGCUUCUUUGGCGUCAUGUUAUUGAAAAAUUAUUAACCUUGGUCUCUGUGACAGUUUUGAUUGGCUGCAUGCCUCGAAAUUUUAAAAGAUGCUGGCUGCCCACUUACCUAAUUAACGCUAAAAUGGCGGCUUAAUCAUUUUGCUGUUGAACCUCACCGAGUGGGUUUAAACUGACGCGUAAUUUCGCAGAAAACAUCUGCAAUGCACGCUAAGGAAUUAUGGGGACAAGAAAGAUGUUAAUUGUUGAAAAGUAAAUGGAACGCGGCUUUUCGUGUCUUUUCAGUGGAAAAUUCCGGGAUCAACGAAACAUCUAGUAAGGAAAUCCUGUCUUUGAUACCAGUUUCAGGCUUCUGCGGCCGUUUUUCGGUAAAAGGAACUAAUUUGUGCAAAUGGUAAAACACGGUUCCGAAAUAAAAUUUGCCAGUUCUAAAUUUUUCCUUACGCAAUACCAUUUUCCCAAAACGUGAACUGACUGGCUUCCCCAUGUAAAUUGUAAACAACCGUUGACUUUUAGACGUAGAAUAACUCUGAAUCUGAAAUUGAAUGUUAUUUGUAUUUAAAUUGAAUAGCACGGGAAUAGUAUUAAACUAACGAUAUUCUUAAAAUUCUGCAUCGAUGCAGACAAUCGUUUGUCAGUUUAUAACUAAUCAGUUGUAUUUUUUGUUCAAUUUUUACUUAGUUGCCUGAAUUACCCGGCAUUCUUGGUUGCCGUCGAAAUAAUACCACACCCAGUCCUGAUGUAAGUGAACCGCUGGAUUUACUGAUCAAGGGCGAGGCUAGCAAGAAAUCUCAGACCCAGGUUUCCCUCGACGCUAUGGAGGAACCUCCAGUCGUCCCCCCAGAAGAGGUAAUAAGGAGCGACGUUUUUGAGCGGCGCACGCUGACCGGAAGUGAGCCUUUUUCUCUUUCAAAAUCCCUUGAGGCUACCAAACUUGCAUUGCUAAGAGUCUCAACUCUUGUAGAGACGAUUUGCCCAAAAAUUUGUGCAAAAUCACGGUUCAAGAGUUCAAAAAGUCCACUUCCGGUUAACGUGCAUCUCUCAAGGACCUCGCUGCUUAAACUCCUUAAAAAGUUUUCCAGUUGUCCGACUACAUUAUUUUUGGUUUCAUUGUUACAUGCAGUAGCUGCUGUAAGAACUGUAUUAAACUGGUAUUGCAAGCAAACAAACAAAAACAACGAACUGGACGCGUUAAAAAGUCAUGCCUUUCACGGCGGCAUACCCAUCUGUCUACCCCAUCAGUAUUGUAGUAUAGAGCGUGUUGACAUGACGUUACAGCGGCCAUAUUUGUGUUCCAAAACAUGAAACGGCGGCCAUAUUGGUGUUCUAAACCAAUCCUGUGGAUUAUUAACUAAAUUUGAAUAGAUGCUGGCCUCGUGAGUGAAACAUUCCAUAAGUUACGCCAAGCAUAACAACUUAUUUAUUUAUUUACAUUUAAUCAGGUGAUGAGGACCAAUCUUGAGCCCAUAAUAGACACUCUCUUUGAAGAAGAUGAGUUGUUUGCACAAGACUUUGAUCAGGACGGUCUCAAUCGCAUUCUUUUCAUUCGCAAAAUGGGUAUCUAUGUCGAGGUUAGGUUUUUACAAGUUAGCUACAGCCUCCCUUCAUCAAACCCGUGGUCUGUUCUCUGUAGAGGUCGCUUAGGUUAUUCAGAACGGCGAAAAAACGUGAAAAAUGGAGAUUUAACGAUCAUGUUUUAAUAGAGCACUAAAGUGUGACGUCACAAAAAACUAAAUUUGUGAAAUUAUGGGAUUUGCCAAGAUAUUCUCAAAGAACAACGUCCACGACGCCUACUUGCCAAAAAUUAACGUUGUGGGGCAAACUGUCUCUGAGAUAUUACCCCAGUUAUGCUUUGAUGAUUCCAUACAAAUCGUUCUAAAUUUGGCUUGGGUCUAAACAAGUAGGCGUCUUGGACGUUGUUCUUUCAGAAUAUGUUGACAAAUCCCAUAAUUUCACAAAUUUAAUUUUGAUGACGUCACCACUUUAGAACUCUAUACACGCUUCGUUUUGCGUCUUACCCUCUUUAUAUGCGAUCAAACCUCUAUAAAGCGAGCACCCUCGGCGAAGGAUCAAGUGGUUGCUUAACCCUUUAAGUCCCAAGAGUGACCAACAUCAAUAUUCUCCCAACAAUAUCAACAUACAGUCAAGAGAAUAGGUUAUGAGAAUGAGUAAAAUGAUCACCUAAGGGAAAAUGCCUUGAUCUUUUAUCAAAUUCUCUCAACUUAUUCUUUAUGAAAAUGUAUAAGGACCAGUUUGGAGAAUUUGUAUGUGGAUACUGGGGCUUAAAGGGUUAAUAGAGACUUCGUUUACAGUUAUUUACUCUAUUAUUUUGGUGGUAAACUUCAACCCGAGUUUUAGCAAUGGGCAGUUUCCGAGCACCAAAUUGGUUAUCAUAUUACAUAAUUCAAAAGAGAUAAUCAGGGUGCAAACCUGGUUCAACCAAUCAGGGUUUUCUGUCUUGAACCAUAUGUGAAUAAAACCUGGUUAACCAGGGUAUUCCUGGUAAGCCUGAUAAUCUUGGUUAUUCUAAGAGCCCGGAAAACCAGGCUUUAACCAGGCUCUUGAAGUAACGAAUGAACUAGGCUUACAGGCUUACUAGACUUGAAGCAUACGUGCAAAAAUGGGUGGUAGCCAAGUUAUUCCUGGUAAGCAUGGCAAGCCUGGUUGUUCUAAGAAUCUGGAAACCCAGGCUUUAACCAGGCUCCUGAAGUACUGAAUCAGCCAGGCUUUAUAUUUUACACUACCUAAAGCUAGCUGGUGCAGGGACAGGUGAUACAAAUUCCUGACAGCGCUGCAUGUUUUUCUCGGUUACAGAUCAAAACGAAAGAUUAUCUCCAAGGAGUAGUAUGCACGCCCUUGUUUCACUGUCCGAGAUGUAAAGACCACUGGAUGGAGUUUGGGACGGUGCCUGAAAACUGCCAGUUUGCACGGCAACCUACUCGUGGGCCGGCCAUACAACUGGCCAGCAGUAGAAAGCCUGCUAGAAAACGGAAGGCGAAAAGAAAGCUUGGGUUUGUAGAUGUUAUUUUAUUUUAGGAUAAUCAUUGAACCGCGGUAUGGAUCAAGAAGUAAACAGCGACUUCUAUAUUCCGCUUGCGGAUAUUUGCUCGGACAAAAUGUUUUUGAGUCAAAAAUCGAAGUUCACUUGAGAUAGGUUCUGCUCUACUCUAGUGUGAACGUAGCAUACACGUGUGGUGGUUUCAAAAGAAUGGAGAAGCAAAAUUUUCAUUUGCUUUACAUUCUAUUUGCAGAGACAUAAAGGAAGGUUUCAUAGUUUCCGGAAGUGGAACGGUACUCAACCAAAUUGACGAAAACGAUUCAGAGCAAACUUCGCCCCAGUCCCACUCUAACCGUGGUAAUACCCAGUCCACCUUGGGAGACGUAGCCUUACCUGACUAUUUGAAAUCUGAUGACGUAAAGCUUGAGGAUAUAAAACUUCAGGAGAUCGACUCGUUUACGAUGAUGGAGGCAUUCAAGGAAGUAGCGGACAUACAAAAACUGGAUAAGGAAACUUAUGUUAGAACCGUAGCAGAAGUACUUGGAUUUAGCGAGGAUCAGUACGAUGAAUUUGCAAGAGUCACUAUCAAAAAUGCGGAGGACAAUAUCGAGCCCAAUGACAAUUCCUGUAACUUUAAAGCACCUACUCUGACUCGUUUUCAGUCCUCUCUGUUUGGAUCGCACGCGGAGGAUGGACUAGGGAUGAGUCAGGCACCUACUGCAAAUAAGGAAACUUAUGUUAGAACGGUAGCAGAAUCACUUGGAUUUAGCGAGGAUCAGUACGAUGAAUUUGCAAGAGUCACUAUCAAAAAUGCGGAGGACAAGAUCGGGCCUAAUGACAAUUCCUGUGACUUUAAAACAACAACUCUGACUCGCCCUCAGUCCUCUCUAUUUGGAUCGUACGCGGAGGAUGGACUAGGGACAAGUCAGGCACCUGCUGCAAAUAAGGAAACUUAUGUUAGAACGGUAGCCGAAGCACUUGGAUUUAGCGAGGAUCAGUACGAUGAAUUUGCAAGAGUCACUAUCAAAAAUGCGGAGGACAAGAUCGGGCCUAAUGACAAUUCCUGUGACUUUAAAACAACAACUCUGACUCGCCCUCAGUCCUCUCUGUUUGGAUCGCACGCGGAGGAUGGACUAGGGACAAGUCAGGCACCUGCUGCAAAUAAGGAAACUUAUGUUCGAACGGUAGCCGAAGCACUUGGAUUUAGCGAGGAUCAGUUCGAUGAAUUUGCAAGAGUCACUGUUAAAAAUGCGGAGGACAAGAUCGGGCCCAAUGACAAUUCCUGUGACUUUAAAACAACAACUCUGACUCGUCCUCAGUCCUCUCUGUUUGGAUCGCACGCGGAGGAUGGACUAGGGACAAGUCAGGCACCUACUGCAAAUGGGACAACGCCCAGUCAAAUAACUAUUAAUCAAACUGUAGAUGACAUUGGGGAUAGCUUCGGCGAAUUUACAGCACCCUCUACUAAUAAAACAGCGAGAGCGACUGGCACAGACGUAAUGGAGAAAUUUAGUGACAAAGCCUCUCUGAGGUCUAUUUUGAACACGUCGAUGUUGAACUCCAUGACGGUCAAGGAUCUGCCCGACCGGAUAAGGGGCAAGCUUUUGUCGAUACUUCGGUUCCAGAGGAGAAAUAGACAAAAACAAGCCGCGCCUCAAAAGGCUUCCACCAACAAGAACUGGGUAUCUUUUAUCGUGAAUAUCGAUAAUGAAGAGUCUAAUCUUCUGGAUCUGUCAUUCGAGGAUUUAGCGAAUGACAUGAGAGAAAUCUCAGUUGUAGUAAACAAAAAUAAAAAAAAUUCACGAGCAAAGCAAGGUUCAAAGCAAGGAAGAUCGCAAGGGCAAAGUAGUGAUGGCAUGAGUGACUAUCUUGAUUCUCGUAAGUCAAUAUAUGAAUAUUUUAAUUUCUGUUCUUAAGUUACCUUUACGCCAUACUAGGUUCAGGGUAGUAGCCAGACUUUAGGCAUAAAAGAUGCAAGAUCUGAAAAUCCUGGAGGGAAGCUAAGCGAACCCAUUGGAAAGUCUGCGAGUAUAGCCUCAGAAAGUUUUGAAAUUUGGAAGCUCUGAAACAUUGAAGAGGAACUAAAAAUUACUCGGGAGCAAAUACUACUCGUCUUUUUUCGUCUAAAAACUUAAAGGUACCGUAACAAUUCUAAGGGCGUUCACCUUAGAUUUUACUACCCUAGGCGGUUUCAAUCCACCAGUUUUGCCCUCCCCUCCCCCCUGAAAUCUUCAGAGAGCACUCUCAUCUUUUUCAUAGGGUAUUAGCGAAACAAGGGUGGCGUAGUGAGGUCAGGAUCUGCAAUUUACACCCCUAAGCAGGUAGACGGCGGCGCCCUUCUCCUUCACAAGCGAGUCCCUCCUUUGGGUUGUGAUACUGUGACGAAAAUGAAUAGCAGUUUGCAUUGCAUAGACAACCUGCCCUUGCUGAUGGGGUCUACAUUUUCUAACAUGAUUAUUAUCAUUUUUUGACCCCAAAGCUGAGACAAGGAGAGGUUUUGCGGAAGGAGGUUCGAGAACAGCGUCUGCCAGCGGUCAGAGAUAUUCUGUUUUAUCGUCUUUUGAUUCAGAUGAAGAAGGACCCUCGACUUUAAGGUCCCCCAGUGAUGUCCUAGCUUAUAAGGAGGUGAUUGGUACUCAACUAAGUGAAAACAGAGGAUAUUACAUGCCCGCGCGUGGAUACGAAUUUUAUCUUCGAGUGUUCAACUCGAUAUCUCACUCGUUCGCUGCGCGAACACUUUAAGAUAAAACUCGUAUCCACAAGCGGGAAUGUAAUAUUCUUUUUAUCAUAUAGACACCGAUGACGAGAUGCUGUGAUGCUCUUUUCUGAUUGGCUGAGACUGAAGUAGCCAUGACAACCAUGAUAUCUUCACAUGUGAAGGAUAAAAUACCUGGAAAAAACCUGGUAUUUCAUCGGUGUCUAUAUAAUAAAUAGAGUGAGGGGGUAGCACAUAUUCUUCAAUUACAUUUUCAUAUGGACCUGGGGUCAAUUUAAUAAAACUUUUUCAAGUGUCAUUUACAAGUGUAGCGAUUGUUUUCAGACUCUAAACCAAUAGCUACGCCUGUAAAUUACACUUGUAAAAUUAUUAGUAAAUUGAACGUUGAUUGUGGGUCCGCCAUCCCCUCUGAAUAGCCCACGUUCGAUACAUUAAAGUUGUAACAUGACUCCCAGGCUUUCUGGCCAUUUUUUGUUUUUUUUUUGUGCUCAAGUCUCUUUUGGAAAGUGUGAGACAACGGAGUCAUGAAAAAUAUGCAAUUUUGUCCCAAAUGCCUCGGAUUCAUGUUACAAUUUUAAUAUGGCGAACGUGGGCAAUUCUGGCAGCUAACCAGUCGUCAGUAAUCUAUUCUUUAACAAGAGUAUUUUAGCGCGUAUCUGCUGAUACUUCUCACGUACGAAUAAACUUGUUAUAAUAAUCUGACCUUUUUCACGUUUUAGUUACAAAGUCAAAAACGUUCCAGAAAGAAGAAUCCAUCAAUGAGGAACCGAACAGGGCAGCCAGAUACUCCCUUCCAGAGACUGGGUCGACAUUCCGUCUCUGUGCCCAAUAACAGCGCGUCAUUUUACUCACAUGACGAUGGCGACUCUGAUGAGGAGAACUGGGGACGAAGGCGAGCUCCAAGAGUUGGUUCCAGCCGCGCCCAUAUGUCAGAUUCGCGCGCAUCGAUUAUGUCUGAUAUGUCACGUGCCCCACACGUGAGUGAUUCACGGACAUCGAUGCUCCAAAAGUAUAGUAGGGUUAUGGGAAGUGCGCGUGCGCGAAAAGAUGUUUCAUUUUCCAGUAAGUUGUGUGUUUUAUAAUGAUAGUACAUGAGUGUUUCUGAGACUGUAGAGUAAACGAGCAUAGCGUUGGUUACCAUUUACAAAACGUUUCUAGAAAUUCCGGUUGAAAUUCUCGGGAGAAAAGAAAUAUUAUUGGUCGAUGGAAUUCAAGGUAACCGUUAACCAAUCAUAGGCAACACUUGUCCACCCAAACGAUCCGAGAAAUCAUUGCGCCGAAAGCUUUAACCCAUUCUCUAUACAGUUUUUGGAGUGGGGAAUUCAAGGAUUCAGGAAGUAAGGCUAUGCGUACCUCCCUAAAAUGUCUUUUUCAAGAGGAAGACCAGGCCUCAGGUACAAGCUGAUACAACACCAAAAAAUAACAAUGCUUUUACUAUCUUUUGCAGACUUAGAUGACCGUAUGUCUUACGGUUCCCUUAGAAACGGUGAUAGUGUUUAUGCCAUUUAUGACGAUGAGGCAACUGGGGGCAAAUCCAAUAGAGCUCGCCGCUCGAUAAGGAAGAAGGAGAAGGGAGACAGUGUCAAGAGACCUGGGAUGUACCAUAGCAAAGUCAUUCAAGACAUGGCAGUGGUUCAGGGAAGCCCUUCAAUAAGUCACGUGACAGAAUCAUUUGGCGAUGCCAACAUAGCGUAUGGCUCGAACGCUAGGUUGAGUCAAGCGCGUAUUUCUCUAACGGAAGCAAGCAGUAGUGCUUUGAUAAGUAAUUCCACCUUGAUGAAUAAGCCCUCUAUGCGACCUACAAGUAGCGUCAUUAUAAAGAAACCGCAGAAGCGAACAGAAACACCAGAAAUGGAAUGUGCGCUCUUGCUAACUGAAGAAAGUAAAGCUGUAAAUAGCAUAGAUGAAUUACCGCCACUCGAACCUGCAGUACUAGAAGCCAGCGUCACUACAACUCGAACACAUGAGCAGGAGUUGAAUAGGGAGCAGAAAGAGAUGAGGGAAAAGCUUUUUAAAACAGUAGAAAAGAGGAAACCGCUUAUAUCACUGGCAGAUUUAAACUUCAUUCACAGACUUCCUGUUUCGAGUGCUUUCACAUAUUCAUUUUUUGAGUUACCCAGUCACCACCGAGAGCACAACGAAUCUAUCAAGAAAGCUGCUGGCCGGAUUGGCCGCCGUAGAAAAAAAGAGUCCGGUCACUUUCGAAGUAAAAGCGCGCCCUAA